AUGUCGUCCGGCCCCGUCGAACCGUACGAGGGGGUUACCGGUGUCGCCAACGAUGGAGGCAACCCCCUUCUCGAAGACCUCAACCGUUAUUACUCUGCCGGAGAUUUCGGAUGGAUCAUGACAUGUUCAGCCCUCGUGUUGCUCAUGGUUCCCGGUGUCGGUUUCUUCUACAGCGGUCUUGCACGAAGAAAGUCAGCCUUGGCCCUCAUCUGGCUGUCUCUCAUGUCGAUAGCCCUCGUAGGGUUCCAAUGGUUCUUCUGGGGAUACUCGCUCGCCUUCUCCCAUACCGGAAGCGCCUACAUCGGCAACCUCUCCAACUUUGGUCUUAUGAAGACUCUUGCGCAGCCUAGCGUUGGCAGCAGCAAGAUCCCCGACCUUCUUUUCUGCCUUUAUCAGGGCAUGUUCGCCGCCAUCACUCCCGCUCUCGCCAUUGGCGCGUGCGCUGAUCGCGGCCGUAUGCUUCCCGCCCUGGUGUUCAUGUUCAUCUGGACCACCAUCGUCUACGACCCCAUCGCCUACUGGACCUGGAACGGCAACGGCUGGUCGUUCAAGAUGGGCGGUCUCGACUUUGCGGGCGGCACCCCCGUGCACAUCAGCUCCGGCGCCGCCGCCCUCGCCUACUCGCUCAUGCUCGGCAAGCGCAACGGCUACAACAAGGUCAAUGGCCUGCCCUACCGCCCCCACAACGUCACCCACGUCGUUUUGGGGACUGUGUUCCUCUGGGUCGGCUGGUUCGGCUUCAACGGCGGCAGCGCCCUGGCCGCCAACCUUCGUUCCGUCAUGGCCUGCAUCGUCACCCACAUCGCCGCCUGCGUCGGUGGCUUGACCUGGGUCUUGCUCGAUUACCGGCUGGAGAGGAAGUGGAGCACCGUCGGCUUCUGCUCCGGUGCCAUUGCUGGUCUUGUCGCCAUCACCCCUGCUGCGGGUUAUGUGCCCCCUUGGUCGGCUUUCAUCUUUGGUGUUGUCGGCGGUAUCAGCUGCAACUUUGCUACCAAGCUCAAGUUCGUGCUCGGCAUCGAUGAGGCGCUCGAUGUGUUUGCUGAGCACGGUGUUGGCGGUAUUGUCGGUAACUUGUUGACUGGUAUCUUUGCUGCGUAUGUCUUUCCCCCUUCUUCCCAUAUCUCCCUCAAGAAACCCUCCACUAACUUUCAUCACAGUGACUACAUCGCCGCUCUGGACGGUGCCACCGUCAUUGACGGUGGCUGGGUCAACCACCACUACAUCCAGCUCGCCUACCAGCUCGCCGACAGCGUCGCCGGCUUCUCCUACUCCUUCGUCAUGACCUGCGUCAUCCUCUUCCUCCUCAACCUCGUUCCCGGUCUUUCGCUCCGUGUCGACGAGCACCAGGAGGAGAUUGGUCUUGAUGAUGACCAGCUCGGCGAGUUCGCGUACGAUUAUGUCGAGGUCACUCGCAGCUUGGAUCAUGUCAUUCCUGGGUUGACUGCUCCUAACAGCACGGCGGGUAGCAUCAGCGGAAGGGACCCUGAGAAGCAGGUCUAA